GCCCCGGCCGGCUGGGCGGCUGGCUCCGCGCAGCAGGGUCUGGUGUCUGUGGCUCAAGACCGUUGGCGGGUCGCGGUUGUGAGCCACCACCACCUUCAGUCCCCCCCAUCCCCAAACCCCCUACAAGUGGCCGUGCGGGAGGCCAUGGAGCAGCCGUGGCCACCGCCGGGACCCUGGAGCCUCCCUCGGGUCGAGGGGGAGGCGGAGGAGGAGAGUGACUUGGACGUGUCCCCCGUUUCCCCCCGCUGCCCGCAGCUGCCGGGCGGUGGCGCCCAGCUGUAUGGCCAUGGGAUUGAACUGGCCUGCCAGAAGCAAACGGAGUGCAUGAAGAGCUCUGUGGCCUGCAAGUGGAAUCUCGCCGAAGCCCAGCAAAAACUGGGCAGCCUCGCGCUUCACAACUCCGAGUCCCUGGAUCAGGAGCAAGCCACGGCGCAGACAGCCGUCUCCGAGCUGCGGCAGCGGGAGGAGGAGUGGCGGCAGAAGGAGGAGGCCCUGGUGCAGAGAGAGAGGAUGUGUUUGUGGAACGUGGAUGCCAUUAGCAAGGAUGUUUUUAAUAAGAGUUUCAUUAAUCAAGAUAAAAGAAAAGAAACAGAAGAUGAAGAUAAAUCAAAAUCAUUUAUGCAGAAAUAUGAGCAAAAAAUCAGACAUUUUGGUAUGUUGAGUCGUUGGGAUGAUAGUCAGAGGUUUUUGUCUGACCACCCGUACCUUGUAUGUGAAGAAACCGCUCAAUAUCUUAUUUUAUGGUGUUUUCACCUAGAAGCUGAACAGAAAGGGGCUUUAAUGGAACAAAUAGCACAUCAAGCUGUUGUAAUGCAGUUUAUUAUGGAAAUGGCCAAAAACUGUAAUGUGGAUCCGAGAGGGUGUUUUCGUUUAUUUUUCCAGAAAGCCAAAGCAGAAGAAGAAGGAUAUUUUGAAGCAUUCAAAAAUGAACUUGAAGCUUUCAAGUCAAGAGUCAGACUUUAUUCUCAAUCCCAAAAUUUUCAACCUGUGACAGUUCAGAAUCAUGUUCCCCAUUCUGGUGUUGGAUCAAUAGGUUUAUUAGAAUCCUUACCACAGAAUCCAGAUUAUCUUCAGUAUUCUCCCAAUACAGCUCUCUGCAGUUUAAACUCAGUGGUACAUAAAGAAGAUGAUGAACCCAAAAUGAUGGACACUGUAUAAUUUGGUUAAGACUGCUGAGGCCAAGUGCUAUUUUGUUACAAGAAAGGAAGAACUUGGCUAUUUUCUUGACACUUUUAUGGGUGCUGCACUUUAUUUUUGUUUGGUUUUUGAUGGGAGCGGAAAAAAACUGAAACGUUUUGUAACUUUUUUUAAUGUGCUGCUAGGUUUUUUUGUUUUGUUUUCUGAAGAGAGGAGUGAUACCGUAUGUUGCAGGAAGUCAAACUGGACUUUUUUCUUUUGGCUACUAAAUUUGCCUUUAAUCUUAAUAUUGUUCUCUAUUUUGGAAUCAAAGUAUGAAAAUGUGCACAAAUGCAAUGUUUACAAGAACUGGUUGAUUCUAGGAGGCAUCUGCUACAGUCUCUUUUAUAUGGAUGUAUAUAUGUCCUACUCUAUAAAAACGAUUAAAGAGAAAAAUGUACUUGUAUUCUGCUAAUUUAGCUGUCAAAGAUCUGGUGUGUCGUCACAUUAAAAGCAAUAAAUCAGUAGUUGGUAAUCUACUAAAUAAGAUGGGGUCCUUUAAAAAUAAUACUACAUUCGUAUUUUCGGCACCGUCAAUAGAAUCCUUGACUGUAACAUACUUUGGAAUAAUGUUACAUUUACCUUCAAAGUAUUCUCAAAACUGUAUUUUUACGUUGUUGACUUUUUAAUGUUAAAGAUUAUAGGGAUAUAAAAAUUACAAACUAAUGAUAGGCUUCUUGUUUUGCUUUCUUUUGUUUUGUUUUUGGUAAGAGCAGCUUUAAGCUCACCCUCCAGUUUCCUUGCUUAACGUGGUCCGGGAUCUCUCAGGGAACAAGUUUUAAAGGGGGCUGAAAGAACAAGCAACAAAAACACCUGAUUUUUAAAAUCAUGGCUAUUGUUUGUUUCACUCUGAUAUAGCCUUUCCAAAAGGACUUCUUCUCAAAGGCAAGGGAACUCUUGUGGAGCUAACUGCUGUGAGCUGCCAGCUUCUUGUUUCUAAGAAUUUGGUAAUCAUGGUUGGUGAUGGUAGCUUUUAUUCCAUUCGUUAUUCCUCUCUUUAGUUCAGUUCCCAUAGAAUGCUUCUAAGCUUUAAUACUUCUAUGUGAUU